UACUGUCUAGUUCCUCUCUCUCUCUCUCUCUCUCUCUCUUUCCUACUCGGUUGUCGAGAAAAACCAGCUUUUUGAAGUUGUUUCUUUGUGGGGAUUCUAAGAUAUGGAUGCAACGAACUGCCAUGGAAGCAACAAGGUGGAGAGUUUCUGCGUGAGUGAUCCGCUGAACUGGGGAAUGGCUGCGGAGACGUUGAAGGGAAGCCAUUUGGAUGAAGUGAAGCGCAUGGUGGCGGAGUACCGGAAGCCGGUUGUUCGGCUCGGUGGUGAGACGCUUACGAUAUCGCAGGUGGCGGCAAUCGCUGGGCGGGAGGGGGAUGUGGGUGUGGAGUUGUCGGAGAGGGCGAGAGCGGGCGUGAACGCGAGCAGUGAGUGGGUGAUGGAGAGCAUGAGCAAAGGCACCGACAGCUAUGGUGUCACCACUGGGUUUGGUGCCACUUCACAUAGGAGAACCAAACAAGGUGGUGCCCUUCAGAAGGAGCUCAUCAGGUAAAAUUACUUUACAAUGGU